AUGAAUGAUAGAAGAUACUUUCAAGGCUCAAAGAGAGGAGAGCUACAUGAAUUAAAAGAAGAACUGCACUCAUCUAGUAAGGAAAAAAAAAAGGAAGCAGUUAAGAAGGUGAUUGCAGCAAUGACAGUAGGAAAAGACGUAUCCUCAUUGUUUCCAGAUGUAUUGAAUUGUAUGCAAACUGGGUGCAUUGAACUGAAGAAAUUAGUAUAUCUCUAUAUAAUAAACUAUGCAAAAGUGCAGCCAGAAUUGGCUAUUUUAGCUGUGAAUACUUUUUUCAAAGAUUCUAUGGAUUCAAAUCCUUUAAUUAGAGCAUUAGCCAUCCGAACUAUGGGAUAUAUUAGACUUGAACAAAUUACAGAGUAUUUAGUUGAACCAUUAAGAAGAUCAUGUAGUGAUCCUGAUCCUUAUGUUAGAAAAACUGCAGCGAUUUGUAUAGCAAAGUUAUACGAUAUUUCACCUACUCUAAUGGAAGAACAGGGAUUCUUUUCUUUAUUAAAAGGUAUGCUUAAGGAUCAAAGUGCAAUGGUAGUAGCUAAUACUGUUGCAAGCUUAUUGGAGAUUUAUGAGACUAGCAUAAACAAAGGUCAUCAGCUUGAGUCUUUACAAUUAAUAAAAGAGGAAAAUCAAGAUAAGACAAUAAAUGACGAUCAAAGGUUCUAUAGAUUAGCUUUUAGUGAGGUAGAGAAACACCAGAUCUUACAAGCCUUAAAUGAAUGUACUGAAUGGGGUCAAAUUUAUAUAUUGAAUGUUGUAGCAGAGUGGAAAGUAGCAUCCGAGAAAGAUAGUGAACAAAUUAUUGAUAGGUUAACUUCUAGACUUUCUCAUGCUAAUCCUGCAGUAGUUCUUUCUACAGUAAGAGCUAUUUUGAAUUUACUUAAAAAUUUUAAAAAUGAUGAACUAAUUACAGGUACUUUACGUAAAUUAAGACCACCAUUAGUUACUUUACUUACAACGUCCCCUCCUGAAAUACAAUAUGUGGUCUUAAGGAAUGUUCAGUUAAUUGUACAAUCAAACCCUGGCUUUUUUGAGUCAGAAAUGAAGCUCUUUUACUGUAAAUAUAAUGAUCCUGUUUACAUAAAGAUUGAGAAGCUUAAUUUACUAUAUAGAAUGGUAUCGGUAGAUACCGCUAAUAAUCUAUUAAAGGAAUUAAAAGAAUAUAGUACUGAUACAAAUAUUGAAUUCUCAAGAAAUUCUAUUAAGAUUAUUGCAUUAAUAUCUAUAAAAUUCAAAGAAACUGCUUCUAAAUGUUUUCAGAUUCUUACAGAGCUUAUAACAACCUCUCACCAGGACCAUAUAAUUCAAGAGGGAAUUAUAUCCUUAAGGGAUAUUUUGAGAUCUUACCCACAGUUAUCCCCGAAUGUUAUUCCUCUAUUAAUGGAAGUAUCCGAAUGUAUUGUUGAGCCUGAAUCGAGAUCUGCCUUUGUUUGGAUUAUAGGAGAAGUUUAUGAAUUCGUUCAAGGGUCAAAACCAAGCACAAAGAACGAAACUUUGAGUGAUUUUCUCCAAUACUUUGUAGAUGUUUUUAUUGAAGAAUCAGUUUCUGUUCAACUCCAAAUACUUACAACCAUAGUAAAAUGUUUCCUUAAGGCUCCAAUUCAUAAUCAACAAUUAGUUACUGAUAUUUUUAGGCUUGCAACUACUAAUGCUGAAAAUCCUGAUGUUAGAGAUAGAGCCUUAAUAUACUGGAGACUUCUUUCUACAAAUCCUGAGGAGACUAGAAAAGUUGUUCUUUCACAAAAGACAGUAAUAUCUUCAAAAAACUUUGAUAUUGAACCAAAGCUUCUUGAAAAGUUAAUAGGAGAACUUGGAAUGAUUUCAUCUGUAUACCAAAAACCUUCAGAAUAUUUUGUUAAUAUAAACAAUAAUAAUACAAUUCAACAUCAUUCUCAGGCUUUAUCUGAAUCUCAUAAUCACUCAGUUUUAAUUUCAUCUUCAGAAUCGAAUAUUGAUGCUCUUCCUUAUAACAUUGAUUCCAACUUUUCUGUUAGUUGUUCAAAUACUAACGAGCUUAUAAAUAUUGAUGAUAUCAUUUCUUACUCUACUCCGAUUUCAAACAUUAACAGCAACAAUAUUAUAUCAAAUUCCAAUGAUAUGAGCUCAAACAAGUUCCAAAGCUCAGAGCUUUUGGAUUUUGGACUUCCUGUCUCUAAUGUUAGUGUAUUAAAAGAUAAUAAAGGAGAUACUAGUCAUACUGGAAGUAUAAACUUACAGUCAAACAAUAAUAGUGUCACAUCUAUGGAUUUGUUGUCUCUUUAA